UCCACCUCAUCCUCAUCCCCUCUGUGACAUACAGGAACCCCCCUCCGGCCUCACCCACAUAUUUGAAUGAAUUGCACCCCUUAUCAUUCCUCUUCUUUUCUCAAACCCUUCAGGUAUCCAUUUUCCACAGACAUUUCCUCCAUUAUUUCAACUCUCGACAUUCCUCCCUUUCAACCCAUCAUUAACCCAUUUUCCACCUCAGCCAUUUCCAUCUGUCACUCAUCCCCCUCCAUCAGUACCUCAUUUUCUGUAUCAGCCAUCUCCCCUCCCUGUACCUCAACAGUCCCCCUCGCCAUUUUCUCCCCAUUUUUCCUUCCUGCCUCUACCUUAACAUCCUCCUCAUUCUUCUCCAUCAAAGGCAGUGCCAUGCCAUGGGGCUCCUUUGUCAUUCCAACACGUGGCCUGUGGGUAGGGGGGAAGGGAAGGAGGGAGGAAAGCAGAAAGAGAAAAAGGAGGCAGAUCCUGAAAGAGCUUGCCCUGUGUCUGCGGAGGCAAGAGAUGUAUGGGCCUAGAGCAGCUAGCAGAAACAAGGAGACCAGUGCUGGUCCAGUGGCUGUGAUGGGAAAAGAUUAUUACAAGAUUCUUGGGAUCCCAUCGGGGGCCAACGAGGAUGAGAUCAAGAAAGCCUACCGGAAGAUGGCCUUGAAGUACCACCCAGACAAGAAUAAAGAACCCAACGCUGAGGAGAAGUUUAAGGAGAUUGCAGAGGCCUAUGAUGUGCUAAGUGACCCCAAGAAACGGGGCCUGUAUGACCAGUAUGGGGAGGAAGGCCUGAAGACCGGCGGUGGCACAUCAGGUGGCUCCAGUGGCUCCUUUCACUACACCUUUCAUGGGGACCCCCAUGCCACCUUUGCCUCCUUCUUUGGUGGCUCCAACCCCUUCGAUAUCUUCUUUGCCAGCAGCCGCUCCACUCGGCCCUUCAGUGGCUUUGACCCAGAUGACAUGGAUGUGGAUGAAGAUGAGGACCCAUUUGGUGCUUUCGGCCGUUUUGGCUUCAAUGGGCUGAGUAGGGGUCCAAGGCGAGCCCCAGAACCACUGUACCCUCGGCGCAAGGUGCAGGACCCCCCAGUGGUGCACGAGCUGCGGGUGUCCCUGGAGGAGAUCUACCAUGGCUCCACCAAGCGCAUGAAGAUCACGAGGCGUCGCCUCAACCCUGAUGGGCGAACUGUGCGCACCGAGGACAAGAUCCUGCACAUAGUCAUCAAGCGUGGCUGGAAGGAAGGCACCAAGAUCACCUUCCCCAAAGAGGGCGACGCCACACCUGACAACAUCCCUGCUGACAUCGUCUUUGUGCUCAAAGACAAGCCCCAUGCACACUUCCGCCGAGAUGGAACCAACGUGCUCUACAGUGCCCUGAUCAGCCUCAAGGAGGCGCUGUGUGGCUGCACUGUGAACAUUCCCACUAUCGACGGCCGAGUGAUCCCUUUGCCCUGCAAUGAUGUCAUCAAGCCAGGCACCGUGAAGAGACUCCGUGGGGAGGGCCUUCCCUUCCCCAAAGUGCCAACUCAGCGGGGAGACCUCAUUGUUGAGUUCAAAGUUCGCUUCCCAGACAGAUUAACACCACAGACAAGACAGAUCCUUAAGCAGCACCUACCCUGUUCCUAGGCUCUGCCCCAGCCAGUCCAGAGCCUACCACAGCAAUACCCCCAACACUCACUCCACUCAAUGUGCACCCAGCUUGAUGUCCACUGGACACUGGCAACUUUUUCUAAAAUGCAAAAAAAAGCCACUGGUUUUCAGGAAAAUGUUCCUGUCCCUGACCCCUUUCAGAGCUGGGCUGCCUGGGGGGAGCGGGAGGGAGGUGGGGAGAGCUAGCCCAGGCCAGGGGUCAAUGUUCAUGUCACUAGCUUUCAAUCCAGUUUCCACUGCAGUGGCUGGAGAGUGACCUGAGUGCUACUUGAAGAUAUGUAGAGAUUCCUUAUCCAUGCCUGUACAUAGCAUGUCCUCCUCCCCUCAGCUUUGCUCAUACCAGUCCCCUCCCUUCCCUUUGGCUUCCUGCUGUUGGGGGUGGAAAAGACUAGAAAGGACAUUGCUUUCUCAGCCCCACCCCCAGGUCCACAGUGUCCAAGGUAAUGGCACACAUAUUCAUGCACAAGAAGCACUCACCUAGAGCUGUCUGUGCCUCUCUGGGAGAAAGGAGAGAGGAUAAGAAGGGAAAGUUCACAACCUGUGAACAGGGACUUGAGCACGAGACACUUUUCAUCUGGAGCAGGGGGGUGAGCUCCUCAGCAGCCUCCGUAACAGCUGCCCUGCCUACACCUGCAGAGCUGGAGGUUCUGUCCUCCCUGCUGCUCUCAGGAGUGUUCAAGGGUGGAGGGCAGGGAAUGGGGCCUGAGGUAUUAAGGCUAAGAGGUGGGGGACAGGGCCCAUCUCCCAGCCUUCAUCAGGAAGGGAAAGGGCUUUGGGGUCAGGUGGCAGCUAUUCCCCACCAAGAGAUUCAGGGUCACAGGUUUUUCCCCACACCUCUGAACUCAGGGCCUAGCCACCCCCAAACUUCCAAAUCCCACUUUUGUGAUAUGUGAAGCUACUCAUUUCUUACCCUUGGAGGCUGUGUGGGGAAUUUCCAGCCCUUUUAUGCCUGUGUGAUCCCACCCCACCCCCACAGUUGUAUAAAGGUCAUAGUGAAGGAGCUGGGGGAAGACUGCUUCAGCCAGAUCCUGGGGUGGGGUCUUUAGGUUUUCUCACUUUGACAACCCCCGAAUGUUUUUAUAGUAGUUUUUUUGUAUUUUUUUGUAAUGACAGUAUUAUGUAAAAAAUAAAGUAUUUUAAAAAUA